AUGUCAAAUCCAUUUGCCCGACCCAGCGAGUAUUUCUCGUCCAUGACUCGCCAUGGCAUCACUAUCUGGGCCCACGAUAUUCUCAACGAACUUCAGAGGCUCCGUGCUCUUGAUCCAAGUAACAAAGAGGCCUUGAGUAAUUUGCUUGAAGUGCACAAGAAUCUUCAGGAGUUCUACACCUGGGUCUCUCUACGUCCAAAGAAUGCUUCAGAUCAGGUCUCUCGUCCUCUUCAAUCUGUUAUUAGAGCGGAGGGAAUUUUUGCUAUUUCGCAUAGACUCUGGGAUAAUCUUGAACGGGAACUACAACCGGAGGAGGACAAUGCAUUCAUCGAGCAGAUGAUUCAACAUCUUGGGUGGGUUUGGAAUAUCAAAACUAACUUAGACAAUGAAAUUCGCCAUAGUCAGGGACUUCCUCUCACUUCAACAAUGGAUACAUUAGCAGAAGUCGCAAAGUAUGCUGAAUAUAGAAACACCGAUCGUGGAAUUACCAUCCAAAACCCAACAGCAAUACCUCUUUCAUCGGGCGGCCACUCUUUACGUGCUGUGGCACCCGCGACCAAAGAAAAUCCAAGAAAUAUAGGUGGUCAAUUUUCAGAAUCCAGGAAAGAGCAAACACAAACCAACGCCAAUAUCAUACUUCCACAGGCACCUUCCCUUUCAAUCUCCUCUGUGCGAAACCCUAAAAGUGACCAUCUAAAAUCUCUCCGAGAUUCCAAAUCCAUUCAAGAACAGUCUCAACCUUCGAUGCGACCUGCUUUUUUCUCACUCACACAGUCACCUCAAAUAAGCGCCAGUGUGCAGCACCAGUUAUCCGUUUUCUGCGAUGAGACAUCACGCAAACUUAUCAACCUUGUGGAUGAUGACAAUAAUAAUGCUGUGGAAAACUCUAGCACCUUUCGCGUUCCCGUUAGUUCUCUCGUAUCCACACCGCAGAUUCGAGACAACAGACUUACAAAUGGUUCACGAGGCUUUGCCGGCGGAUUCAAGCACCCUAUUAGUAGGGAGGCAGGUUUUAAGCCAACUUUUGACAAUGGCAAUGGUCAUAUAUCACGCAACACCUCUCAACCUCAGCAUCGAGGUUACGAUAAUUCUGAUGGUGCCAUGGAAACUAUCAAACCAACAGAUACUCCCUCCAACAGCGACACAAAGAAGAAAACUAUCAUCGGCAGCUCAAACAAAAACGCGAUUAUGAUCUCAGAUUCCCCCUCUCCAGAAUUAAUCAUUAUGUCUAAUUACAAUCCAAGAUCCGAAAAAUACAGCGAAACCCCAGUUCCACCUUCUAUGUCUUCUAUAUCUUCCGAAGAUUUCGAAUUCUCUCCCUCUGCAGACAUCUCUCGUACCCAUAGCAGCGAUACCGAUCGACUGAGGCAAUCUACCCCUUCCCCUCCUCCUCCUCCGAGUAACUCAUGGACACCUAUCAAUGGCCUCAAGAACCAACAGAAAGCAAUAUCCAGAGAGCCAAGCCAAGUGAGAGGACGAUCUUUGACUCGACGUUCUUUGACUAGACGUUCUGGCGAGCGUGAAGAUAACAAUAUGGAAGAAAUCAAGACGAAGAGACCAACUCCGACCAGUGGCAACCAAGACAAUAUCACAGACAAUCCAAACCAGGAGACAAAAUUGAGCAUGAAUCCCAUAACUCCAUUCUCUGAUAAUGUUCCCCCUAUUCUAACCUUAACCAAGCAGGAGCGACCAAGCAUCCCUGAUAAAGCUACAACUUUGCUUCCUGUCCAUGGAUCUGCCGACAAUAAACCCUCUCCUCCAAAAGCUAAGAGUGCUAAAGAUAUUUACCGUCCCUUUAGCAUGCGAAAAGGCGCAAAGAAGAAUGGAUCAACAUGA